AUGUCCGCUCUUUUGCUUUUUCUUUACGCCCUCUUUUUCACGAUCUCAAGCGCAUUCCGUUAUGACGAAGCGUAUGUGCAAUACAACUUGAAUGAGAACAAAACCGCAACCGAUCCACUCGAUUACUGGGGAGAAUGGACGGGCCACACAUAUACUCCUUCACCAGAGAACUGGAGAUUCCCCUGGUACACGUUAUUUCUCGACAGAUUCGUGAAUGGGGAUCCUACCAAUGAUAACAUUAAUGGUACAACCUUUGAACAUGACACCAAUUCGAAUCAGAUGCGUCAUGGUGGUGAUCUCCAAGGUUUGGUCGACACAUUGGAUUAUUUGCAAGGUAUGGGCAUAAAGGGCCUGUACAUCGCUGGUUCCCCGUUCAUCAAUAGUCCUUGGGGAUAUGACCAGUAUUCACCGCUAGACCUUUCUAUCCUCGACCAACACUUUGGCAACAUUCAGAUGUGGAGAACAGCCAUCCAAGAAAUACAUGCGAGAAACAUGUAUGUUGUUCUGGACAAUACAUUUGCGACCCUUGGAGAUUUGAUUGGUUUCGACGGCUACCUAAACGCAACCACCCCUUUCCGCCUCGAUGAACAUGAAGUGCAGUGGAAAUCCGGUCGUCAAUAUUACGAUUUCAGCAUUGGAAACGAAUACAAUAAGACUUGUGAAUACCCCAAAUUUUGGCUCGAGACAGGAUAUCCCGUCGACGAAGAAGUAACCAAGGAGAUGGUCGGUUGCUAUGACAGUGACUUUGAUCAGUACGGCGACACCGAAGCCUUCGGUGUCUUCCCGGAUUGGCGCCGUCAACUUUCGAAGUUCGCUUCCGUCCAGGAUCGUCUACGUGAAUGGCAUGAGCCUGUCCGUCGCAAGUUAGAAAACUUUUAUUGCAUGUUAAUUGCCCAGCUCGACAUUGAUGGUUACCGAUAUGACAAGGCGACGCAGAGCACCGUCGAUGCUAUGGGAUUCAUGAAUGAUGCAAUGCGUCAAUGUGCUCGACGUCACGGCAAAGAGAACUUCUUUCUGCCCGGAGAAAUUACAGGUGGGAACGUCUUUGGCAGUCUGUUUAUCGGCAGAGGCCGGCAACCAGACAUGCUUCCGGACAAUUUGACCGCCGCCGUCACCAUGACCAACAAUUCUGACGACAAAUACUUUCUUCGAGCCCCAGAACAUGGAGGUCUUGAUGCUGGUGCAUUCCAUUAUACCGUUUAUCGAACGCUCACCCGAUUUCUCGGUAUGGAUGGAAAUCUUGAAGCAGGUUAUGAUGCACCUCCCAACUGGGUGGAUAUGUGGAAUGAUUUCUUGCUAACCAAUGAUUUCGUCAACCCCAACACCGGCAAAUUCGAUCCUCGACAUAUGUUCGGAGUAACAAAUCAGGAUGUGUUCAGAUGGCCUGCCAUUACCAACGGUGUCCGGCGACAGCUGCUGGGACAUUUCGUGACCACUAUCGAACUUCCCGGCGCGCCACUCCUUUUGUGGGGCGAGGAACAGGCUUUCUACGUCCUCGAUAACACUGCAUCCAACUACAUCUUUGGUCGGCAAGCGAUGUCUUCGGCAACAGCUUGGCAGACGCAUGGAUGUUACAGUCUUAGCUCUACACAGUAUUACAGAAUGCCCUUGGAUGCUGCCCUUAAUGGAUGCCACGAUGAUUCUGUGUCUUUUGAUCACAGAGACCCAUCGCACCCCGUUCGCAACAUCAUCCAUCACAUGAACCAGCUCCGCGAUCAAUUCCCAGUGCUUCAAGAUGGUUUCUUUUUGCAGCAGUUGUCGAAUCAGACUCAGCAAGUCCAAUAUCCCGGUUCCAAUAAAGUGACCACGGAAACUGGAAUGUGGUCAGUCCUUCGAUCAAUCUUCCCGGAGCACCAAGAUCUGAGCGGAGCAGGGGCCGGGAAUCUUCCCGUAUGGCUGUUGUACUCGAAUACCAAUGAUUCGAGAACUUGGGAAUUUGACUGCAGCAACAAUGAUACAGCUCUGAACACGACAAGUUUGAUUGCUCCCUACGAUGCUGGUACUACUGUGAAGAAUCUUUUCCAUCCUUACGAUGAGCACACUUUGAUCGAGAGUGUUCAUUCGCUGGGCAUUAACGGGAGUGAUCAGCCAAAUGGCUGCCUAGCAAAAUUGAGCAUGGAAGCAUACGACUAUCGUGCAUAUGUACCCAUCAGCCAAUGGGUUGGCCCCAAACCUAUGAUCACCAAAUUUAGCCCUGGCCAUGACGCCCGUAUACAUUCCACCGUUGCUCCCAAUGGCACCGAAUCUGUCGCAGUCGAAUUACAGUUCUCUGUGGAGAUGAAUUGCGAAAGUGUCACCAACAGCAUCAUGCUCAAUUCAACCACUGAAACUGGACUCAGUCCUACAAUUGACGCUGCCAGCGUCAAUUGCACCGUUAUGAGUACUCCUGAAACUCUGGAUUACGUGGGUGCCAUUUCCUCGACAUGGUCGUGGUCUGCGCGAUUGAAUGGAGUUGCCAAUGGAAUCCAUGCAAUUACUGUACGAAAUGCCACUACUGAGGGAGGUGAGCAGUAUACCAAUGCCGUGGACAAGUUCCUCUUCAGGAUUGGUCAACUUGACAACCCCAUAGUCUUCACCAGAAGCGCGAAUUACUCGUCCACUCUUUUCAGCAAGAAUGAUAACGGCUCGUUGAUCCUCUCCCACUCUGCUGCUGGUGCCGACCAGUGGCGAUAUUCGACCAAUUGGGGUUCUUCAUUCUCGAAUUGGCUACCAUAUGAAGGUGGUGAGACUCAGAUCGAAGAACAACCUUGGUCUGGGACAAAUCUGCAGAAUUGGAAAGGUACCCACGUACGAGUCGAGUAUUUCAGUCGUUUUGCUGGUAGUAGCGACCACAUUCAACAGGCCGACCUGGACUCUCAUACUCCUAGGCGAUUCCCUCACUUGUUCCUUAAUGGGCCUUACAAUCAAUAUGGUUUUGACGCGGGCCUUGACAACGAAAUGAAGCUGACGGACAACUCAACAUGGGAGCAUCAUUUCAUGACAGAAUGGAGUCUCUCGGGUACUCUAGCACAAGUCAAUGUAUGGGGUAUCAAUCCCGAUGGUCAACCCGAUCAGACCUACGUCCUGGGCGACGCAGAUGGAGAUUCAGUUCUUGAUAGACUGCCACCAUCUUCACUCUCAUCAGUCGUUCUCAACAUCACCCAACCACCACCAAAGCCUCAUUUGGGCUGGCGUAUUGUUAUCAAUGAUGGUACUAUGCGGUUCGCUCUCCAACCUUCUGGAAACAUGUACAACCAGAUGAUUCUGUAUAUCCUCUUAUGGAUCGUACCAGUUUUCAUGGCCGCAGUGGCUGUCUGGGCCUUCAUGCAGUCAUUCUACAGUGUCAAGUUUAACGAAAUUGGUAUUUCAGAGAAGGCCAGCUUGAUCCCGGCCAUAUUCAAAAAGCAUUUCAAGAAACUCGCCGAUGAAGAAACCGGUCCUGGUAUCGUGGGCAAAUUCACCCGCAAAGAGAAGUUUCUACAGCCGACAGACACCGUGAUCAACCAAGAAAGACGGCGGACAGUGAUCAUCGCUACAAUGGAGUAUGAUAUAGAAGACUGGCAAAUCAAGAUCAAAAUUGGCGGUCUGGGUGUCAUGGCUCAGUUGAUGGGGAAGAAUCUCGGACACCAAGAUCUCAUUUGGGUUGUACCUUGCGUUGGUGGUGUUGAUUAUCCUGAAGAUCAAACAGCGGAACCAAUGACCGUGACGAUCCUGGGAAAGCCAUACGAGGUGCAAGUCCAAUACCACGUCCUGCGAAACAUCACUUACGUCUUGCUGGAUGCCCCUGUGUUCCGACAGCAAACCAAAAGCGAGCCAUAUCCACCCAGAAUGGACGAUCUCUCGUCUGCAAUCUACUACUCUGCCUGGAAUCAGUGCAUAUCUCAGGCCAUCAACAGGUUCCCGGUGGAUCUCUACCACAUCAACGAUUACCAUGGCUCAGUUGCACCAUUAUAUCUUCUUCCAAGGACAAUUCCUGCAUGUCUGUCGCUUCACAAUGCUGAAUUCCAAGGUCUAUGGCCCAUGAGAACCAAGCGUGAACGAGAAGAAGUGUGCUCUGUUUUCAAUCUUUCUUCCGAGCUCGUACAACGCUACGUUCAGUUCGGCGAAGUGUUCAAUCUUUUGCAUGCUGGUGCUUCAUACCUCAGGGUUCAUCAACAAGGGUUUGGAGCAGUUGGCGUCUCAAAGAAAUAUGGCAAGCGAUCUUAUGCUCGAUACCCGAUCUUUUGGGGCCUCAAGAAGGUUGGCAAGUUGCCCAACCCAGACCCUUCUGACACAGGUGAAUGGGAUAAGAAGCUUCCAAAGCAAGAGGAUAUUCGGAUCGAUCCUGUGUUCGAAGCGGCACGCCCUGAACUGAAGAGACAGGCACAAGAAUGGGCUGGACUUGAGCAAAAUCCCCGAGCAGAACUCUUUGUCUUUGUCGGCCGCUGGUCGAUGCAAAAGGGUAUUGAUUUGAUUGCGGACGUCUUCCCAUCGGUCCUCGAAGCCAAUCCAAAUGUGCAACUGAUUACCAUAGGACCAGUCAUCGAUCUAUAUGGCAAGUUCGCAGCCAUGAAGUUGGACAAGAUGAUGAAGCUAUAUCCAGGAAGAGUAUUCUCCAAACCCGUAUUCACAGCCCUGCCACCCUUCAUCUUCUCUGGUGCAGAAUUUGCCCUGAUACCCUCCAGAGACGAACCAUUUGGUCUUGUCGCUGUCGAAUUUGGUCGCAAAGGAGCUCUUGGAGUCGGUGCCAGGGUUGGUGGUUUGGGUCAAAUGCCUGGCUGGUGGUACACUGUUGAGAGUGUCUCCACCGUGCACCUCAUCCACCAAUUCAAGCAGGCCAUUGAAGAGGCUCUGAGUUCUAAGUCUGAUGUUCGAGCCCUGAUGAGGGCGCGCAGCAGCUUACAGAGAUUUCCUGUUGCAAGUUGGGUUGAAGACCUCGAGAUCCUGCAAUCCACAGCAGUCAAGAUCCACGACAAGGUCGAAGCGUCAAAAAGGCAUCUCGCGACAGGAGAAAUGAUGCGACCAAUUUCUGGUCGGACGACCCCAGCUAUGUCCGGUGCUGCCACUCCAUCGGGAUGGCAGACUCCUGUAUUUGGUCAAUCCAAAGCUGCGACCCAUGCCGCACUGUCUUCUCUUGCUGCGCGUUUGAAGCAUAUUGGCCACAAUCGUGAGCAAAGCCAUGAUAACUCUUCCAAUACAGCAACUGGUCUUUCACGGUCCGCUUCACUCGGCUCUCGACGAGGGCCUGGCCAUAUCACUGUCCAUGAUCAUCACGAGGGCGAAGAAUCCAGUACUCCAACAAUACUUCCUCCAGUGCCCGAUGUGGAAGGCGAUGAUACUGGACUCGGCACCGCUGUAAUGAGGUAUGGUGAAGGGACAGAUCACGCUUCUGAUCAAGAAGACAGUAAUUUCGAGGACGAUGAUGAAGAUGACCACAUUACCAUGCCAACGCAGACCCGUGGCCGUUACGAACGUGUUCCGGCCAACGGUGACGGACCAAUCACACCUCCCUGGGACAGAACUUUUGGUUUCUCUAGAACGCCCGGACUGGAAUUGGCCCAAUACCCUAAGCAAAGACCCAGCCCUUAUGGCAGUCCUUCGAUUCCAGGCACGCCUCAUCCUGAGCCAGAGACCGGCCUCCUUGCCCCCCCUCGGGCACUAGCAGAAGGAAACAAUCGGAUAUCCGCCUCUCCAUCGAUGCUUUCCAUCAGUUCGAUUGUGGGUGAGAAGACCGACUUCAAGCUGCAAAAGGUCGAUCCUUUCUUCACCGAUAGCAACGGCGAAUUUUCGAGAGCAUUCGAAAAGAAACUCGAAAGUCUCAACGGCAAUAAUUCAGAGUCUACUACCUGCAUUGAGGAGUUCCUUGUCAAGUCCGAGAAGACAUGGUUUACCAGCUUUCGCGACGCGAAGCUGGGUCGGCAUCAACAUACACCAAGCGCCCAGGAGUCACGGUUCACAUCCGCUGCACCCUCUAUCUAUGGAGGACAAAGUGAGCAUGAUAGUGAAGGUCAAGAACAUGACUCGAACAACCUCGCGGAUGAGUUUUUGCUUGGCAAGGACUACGUACCACCCUCAGGUGUGAGGAAUUGGAUGCAAAUCCGGAUUGGAGAUUGGCCGGUAUAUGCUUUCUUCAUGGCAUUUGGCCAGAUCAUCGCAGCCAACUCAUACCAAAUCACCCUGUUGACUGGAGAAGUAGGUCAAACAGCAUCGAAGCUGUACGUGAUCGCGUCCAUCUACCUCGCCACCUCGAUCUGCUGGUGGAUUCUCUUUCGACGGUUCAGCUCCGUUCUUUGCCUGUCACUGCCAUUCUUCUUCUAUGGCCUCGCGUUCGUCCUCAUCGGAUUGGCGCACUACGCCUCGACGGUCAGCGAAAGAGGCUGGGUUCAAAACGUGGGAACUGCAUUCUACGCCGUGGCUUCGUCAUCAGGCUCGAUUUUCUUUGCUCUGAACUUUGGCGAUGAGGGAGGUGCGCAGGUCAAAGCUUGGGUGUUCCGUGCCUGUGUCAUUCAGGGCACUCAGCAGAUCUACGUUGUGGCGCUGUGGUACUGGGGCUCGUACCUCAACAAGAGCCACAACGAUGGCUUGCUGAAAUCCUCCGAUCCUAUCACCAAUUCCUGGAAGAUUACCGCCAUCACACUCCCAAUUGCAGGCCUCCUGUGGGCCGUCGGUCUACUUAUGUGGUUCGGUCUGCCUACGUACUAUCGCCAGGCACCCGGCAAGAUGCCUAGCUUCUAUAAAAGUCUUUCCCGACGCAAGAUUGUCCUCUGGUUCUUCGCCACCGUCCUAAUCCAGAACUUCUUCCUCUCCGCUCCCUACGGCCGCAACUGGUCAUUUCUAUGGAGCAGUCCCCAUACCUCAACAUGGCAGGUGGUGGUGCUCGUUGCAGUCUUCUUCAUCGGCUUCUGGGCGGGCAUUCUCUGGAUCCUGGGCAUGCUGUCGAAAUCGCACAGCUGGAUCCUCCCUCUCUUCGCGAUUGGCCUCGGCGCACCACGCUGGGCUCAGAUCUGGUGGGCCACUAGCAAUAUCGGCCUCUAUCUCCCCUGGGCUGGCGGCUACACCACUGGAGCGCUUCUCUCGCGUGCUCUUUGGCUGUGGCUCGGCACAUUGGACGCGCUUCAGGGCGUUGGGCUGGGCAUGAUUCUCCUUGCGACUCUGACUCGCGUGCACGUUGCAUUCACCCUGAUCAUGGCACAGGUGCUCGGCUCUGUGGCCACGAUCGUUGCCAGAGCUUGUGCACCAAACAAUAUCGGACCGGGCCCCAUCAGUCCCGACAUUAGCGCCGGCUUUGGAAGUAUCUUCCAGGCGUGGUUCUGGGUCGGCCUGAUUGCCAAUUUGAGCAUUUGUGUCGGUUAUUUCAUGGUAAGUUACAUCGCCCUCAUAACUAGCUGUUUGGAAUCCUCCUUUGCUGACAUAUAUGGCAGUUUUAUCGCAAAGAACAGCUCAGCAAGCCUUGAUGAUCGUGCCUUCGAGGAAUGUGACGAUGUCAGGUGGGAUACGGAUUUCAUCGAUUCUUUAUAA